GUUAUCUUAAUCGGCCUAGAAGUAAAAAAUAUUAAAAUAGUGUAAAUUUGAGCAACACACUACACUAUUUCUGAAUCCGAAUGCACCUUAACAAAAUGGUUAACCCCGAAAUUUUAAUUUUAAAUUGGUACUAAUAUAAUUUAUAAAAUUUAAAUAUUCAUUAAUCAUAUGUAUGUUCUUAAAAUAAGUUAUUGAAAGUUCUGUUUAUGUAUCUUUUUAUUUGUAAUUUCAUUUUUUAUUUUUUUAGAUGUUAAGAUUGAAUCACAAAUUAAAUCUUAAUAUAUUAUGUUCUAAGUGUAAAAUUUUAAGAAGUGUACAUUUAAAUUGGACAUUACAUGAAAAUACAUCGAUUGUUCAUGACAGUAGACACAAACUCAACAAACCAAUUUGCUAUAAUUACCACCAUGAUGUAAUGGAAGUGUACACUAACACUCUCAUUCUCAAAAAUGUUGCAAAAUGGAAAACUGAUCAAUUUUCAUCGUCAAAUAAAUUGUUGAACAACAAAUCAAAUUCCAUUUUUAAAUAUUGUGAUGAUCCAGAUCAUCUAAUUACAUAUCUAAAACAAUGUCUUGAAGGUUGUUGUAAAGUAAGUAAAAGUCUUUUGACACAAUUCAUGUUAACAAUGGCAAAACAUGGCCGAGUAAAUGGCUUAAUACUAAUUGAGAGACUUAAUGAAAAAUAUGAUUAUGGUAUUAAGAAGUCUGAAUUACAAAUGAGUUUUGCUGAAGCAUAUUGGACAAAUGGUAAUUUGAUUAAAAUGUUUAAAGUGUUUGAAAUAAUUUAUCCCGUGGAAUCUACAAAAGUUAAUUUUGUAUUAGAACCCAUUAUUUAUACAAUAGUUAAAUCACGGGGAUGUGCAUCAAUAGUUAUACUUUCAAAUUUUGUCAACUGUAUUACUAUUGAACACAGAAACUACUAUCCAAUGAGCAUCCUAUGGAAGUAUUUAUUUUUAAGUGAAUUAUAUAAUGAUAACCUAGCAGCAGAUCAAUUAACUCAACAGAAUAGUAAUUUGAUAGAAUAUAUACAAUACCUCGUACCAGCCAUUAUGGAUAGCAUAUUAAAACAGCAUAAUAUUGACUGCGCUCAUAGGUUAAUGGUUAUGCUGUUAAAACAUGAUCGAAUGGAAUUUUAUCAGUUGGUUUUAAAAUCGCUAUUUGAAUAUUAUUGUAAGUAUUUUUCAUGGUAAAUAAUUAAAUAUAGGUAUUUAAAAUAUUACCUUAUGAAUUUUAAAUUAUAAUUUUAAUUAAGUAUAUUGAAAUAAACCAUGUAUUAUCUGGAAUAUAUCUUAUGAAGAGGUAUGGUUUGUAUGGUCCUAUUGACCAUACAAAUUUUUUAACAAAUUCAUGACUUGCAUGGUAAAACAAGUUUUAAAAUAUUAUAAUUAUCAACAAUAGUAACAUAUUAAACACAUUUUAACUCUGAAGUGUUGCUCAAUAUAAUAAAAAUGCUUCCUAAGAUAUAUUUAAAGACGAAUAAUUUUUUUUUUCUAAUAUAACCGACAGCAAUAUGGGGUUUGUUUAACACAAUACUUCACUCACUGCUGCUAUUAUUUAUUAUGAAAUAACUUAUACUGUAUUUACAAUUUACACCUUUCCCUUGAGAAUAAAGCUAAUAUAUUCUUAAAUCCACUACCUACCUGGUCGUUCUUAACAGAGUAUAUGGGCUGUAUGGUUACUUAUAAGAUGUGUAAUGUAUUUAAUGAAAUGAAAACAUUCAAAUUAAAUAUAACAAUAAAUAAUUUCAAAUAUAUUUUAUUGUGUUAAAAACAAAUUGAUAUAAAAAUAAUAAUAAUAUUUAUACAUGUUUAUAAAAGUGAAUUUUUAUGAAUUCAAAAUAGAUUUUUUAUGAACAUUUUAAAUAUUAUUAUUCAGUCAGUAUUGGUUUAAAAAAAAUAUGUGUAUCAAUUUUUCAGACAUGCUGGGUAAUGUUCGUCAAUGUAAAGAAAUAAUGAAAAACUCUUUUGAAUUGAAUGUACCACUAACACAAGUACAGCAAUUACAAUUAAUUAACAUGGUAUUCAAAAAUAAACAACCACGACAAAUUAACAAAGAAGUGACUGCUACCAUAUUCAAACUUAUGUUUUAAAUUAGUAAUAUUACUUGAUUUUAGUUUUUUUUUUA